CCGACGUAACUGGUUUCGUUGUGCACGAGUUUUCUUUUUCCUUUAUGUGGAUUGUGGAAUAAUUUAUACCGCAGUUAUCUAAUUAAUAUUUUUUUCGUGUCUAAUUUUCCUUUCUGUGCCGGUAGCCGAGUGCGGGACUCUACUCUUCAUAAUUAAAAUAUAGAAAUAAAGUAUAUUUUAUUAAGAGAUCGACACCAAUAUUGCCUAAAUAUUUCUCCGGUCUGGCCAAAACAAAAUUCAGAAAUAUUUAUAUCUAUGUAAAAAAUGUAUCAAGGCGGAAUCGUGGUGGCCCAAUGUGUCCCGGAGCUAGCACCUUGAAAGGAUGCGGCACAAUAAUUACCAAGACAAAAAUUAAUAAAAUAAAAAUAAAAAUAAAUUAUAAGAUGGGGACUUGGGUUUUUGUAUAAAGUGUGAACCUGAUGUUGUGGUUCUAUCGGAGUCGUAUGGUUCGAGGAUUUAGAACGAUAAAGACAAUUUCUGAUGUCCUAACUAAGAGGCAACGAAACGGCGAAGCCAAUUCACGAAUACCUCGGCAACGAGACGGCAGAGCUAGUCCACGAAUACCAUAUAACAUGAUGUAAUAGAGAAAAUGAUUUAAUAGAAAUUAAAUGCGUAUUCUUCUCGUGACUCGGGUAGUGCUGUAGUAACAGUAGGAAAUAAAUUAUUACAAUAUUGCAAGAUUGAAAAUUCUAAAUUAGCUUGUAAGCUAAACUCAUAUAAGAUAGCCAAACUUUAGAAGAAUCCCGAAGAGAAUACACCACGGGCGAGGCACGCCAAAGGUAAAAUCUGAGCACAAUGGAUUUUGUACCUUAUCCUAAGGGGAAAAGAAUAUAAAUAAAAGAAAAUUUAUCCAAUUGGUCUGGCUAUGACACGGAUAUUUGGAAAAUGAAGAUCUUGGGUUGGAGAAUGGUAAUAUUGCAUCAAUUUCUGAAAAUGUGCAGUCAACUGCAAAACAAAGUAACGGUCAACAUUCAGAGCCUAUUUGGGUGGAUGUUGAUGAAGAAUUACAGCCUCAGUUUAUAUUCAAUCAAAUGGAUGAACCAGUUGGUAUUAAUCCAGAUAUAAUUGAUAGUUUAUCUGAAGGUACUCCUUUUGAUUUUUAUUCAUUAUUUUUGGAUGAUGAAGUUAUUCAAUUGUUAGUUGAAGAAACAAACAGAUAUGCUGCAGAGUUAUUAAUAUCUGUAGUUAGUCCUCAUUCACGCCUUAAAAAAUGGGAAAAUGUUACUCAUACUGAAAUGAAAACAUUCUUAGGAAUUAUUAUGUGGAUGGGUUUAUGUCCUCAACCUUCCAUAGCUUCAUACUGGAAAACAAAUAGUAUUAUUUAUACAUCCAAUAUACCUCAAUUUAUGAAGAGAAAAAGAUUUGAACUUCUUUUGCGAACAUUUCACUGCUGCAAUAAUGCUCUUUGUCCUCCAGGUGACCGUUUAUACAAAGUAAAUAAUUUGCUUGAUUUACUUUUAUCAAAGUUUAAAAUGGCACGGACCCCAAAGCAGUCUAUGUGUAUUGACGAGUCAAUAAUUCCAUUUACUGGUCGUCUGUCAUUUAAGCAAUAUAUACAAAAUAAAGCUCAUAAAUAUGGUAUUAAAGUAUUUAAACUAUGCAUUAAUAACUUCUACACUAUUGGGUUUAAAAUUUAUGCUGGUAAGGAGGCUAUGGCUGGUCAGAGAGUGUCAACAAAAGUGGUAAUGGAAAUGGCAGAAGAUUACCUUGAUUUAGGCAGAACAAUGUAUACAGAUAAUUGGUACAGUAGUUAUGAUUUGGCUAGUGAACUUUUGAACAGAUCUACUAAUUUGGUUGGUACUCUUCGUUCCAACAGAAAAUGUAAUCCAAAAGAUGUGGUAAACAAAAAACAAAAAAAAGGAGAAGUGUUUGCAAAGCAAUUUAAUAAAGGAAUAACUGUUUUAAAAUGGAAAGAUAAGCGUGAUGUACUAAUGAUAUCAACUCAACACUCCGAUGCUCAAGCUACUAUUUUAAAUAAACGAGGAAAAGAAGUUAAAAAACCUCAAGUUAUUAUAGAUUAUAAUAAAGGUAAAGGGUUAGUGGAUGUCACUGAUCUUAGAAAUUCAUACCACAACCCACUUCGUAGAACUUUAAAGUGGUAUAAAAAAAUUAUUUUUGAAUUACUUCUAAACACAUCAGUUCUCAACGCAUUAUCAUUAUAUGAAGAAAUACAUCAAGAGAAAAUGGAUAUUACUGUGUUUAGAGAAAUACUGGUUAAAAGUUUAUUAAAAACAAAUGAAAUGAAUUUGUCUAAAUCAGUACAAAAUACACAAUAUCAUGAACUAGAAAAAGUUAAAUCAAGAGGACGUUGUUUUGUUUGCUAUAAAGAAAUGAUGCUUCAAGGAGGACGCACUCAUGCUCAAAAAAUAACCAGGCAAGUAACAACAAAGUGUAAAAUUUGCAGUAAAUUUUUUUGUAUGCAAUGUUUCUUCAGUGAACAUAAAUUUAUGUAAAAGUAAGUUUCUAUGUAUCAAGUGUCUAUGUAUAUACUGAUGUGUUCAGGGUAGUAAAUAUAAUAAUAAUGACAACAAUAAUAACAAUAAUAAUAAGUAGUAAACCAAUAGCGUUUUUUAUUAGUCACUACAACAAUAAUCUUAAUUAUACAAUAAUUAAAUAAAGUUAUCUUUUGUUCCUCAUAAAAGGUCAACGUGACAGAUCGAAAAAACGAGUGUUGUCCAGCACCGAGCGACCGGUUCUCACCGCCCGUCGGUCACCGCAAAUAGCGCGACCUGUCGGACGUGAAGAGGAAGCGCCGCGAUCGCCAUCCGGUGGUAACACCGGAAAUGAGAAGCGACCGCGACAUACUCCCCCCCCCCCAGUCCGACUGGUCGGCCCUACAGUGUGCCUAGGGCAGCUGGUCAGGCGGAACGUCCUCCAGCCCUUCAACAUCCGACAUAUAGAUGGGGGGCGCGUUCAGUAUGGAUUCGACGUCCGGCUCCAACUCCAUCUGCUCCACCGUGUCGGG